CAUUUCUAAAGAGUACAUUACUGAGCAAACCAAAUUUUGUGUUUAAUUUUCCAACAAGAGCCGGCAAUAAAAUGGACGGUUUCAUUGCAUAACCCCACUUUUCAUUAUUUGUAAAUAUAAUACCUCUGGUUGUCAUGUCAUUUUAAAGGCUGAUUUACACACACUAUUAGUGUUUGCCAAUGGACAAUUUUAAUAAUUAAAGUAUAAUCAAUCAGUUACAAGAUCUUCAGUUAUCUAUCAGGUGUAUAAAAACAGAAUGACUUUGCCGUGGUUCAACAUGGUUAUUUUUGCACAACACUGCAAAAGAUUCACAGUAAUACGAACAUUGUCCACUGCUCCUAAAAUUAAUAAGUUUCCAGUGGAUAUUGAACUCUUAGGUCAAAAGUAUCCAACCGAUGACUGGACAAACUUGACUCCAAAAAUUGUCUCGGCAUUAGGGAAGAAUUUACAUACCAUGCAGUACCAUCCUCUGUCGCAUGUACGACAGAGAAUUGUUAAUUACUUCUAUAAAUCCUUUGUUAACAGAAUUGGCAAUCCUAUAUUCAGUGUGCAUGAUAAUAUUAGUCCAAUUGUCACAGUUACUCAAAACUUUGAUUCAUUGAUGAUACCAAAAGAUCAUGUUAGCCGCAACAAGAGUGACUGUUACUAUGUGAAUCAGGAUAUAUUAUUGCGUGCACAUACAACUGCCCAUCAAUCAGAACUUAUAUCAAUGGGCUUAAAUAAUUUUCUGGUUAUUGGUGAUGUUUAUCGCCGAGACGAGAUAGAUGCCACUCAUUAUCCCAUUUUUCAUCAAGCAGAUGCAGUUAGAUUGUGUACUUCCGAGGAAGUCUUUCAAAAUGUCAAGAAUUCUAAUGAUUUAAAAUUAUUUGAACACAGAGGUCAUGAAAGCUCAGAGAAGCAAGGUUGCCAUUCGUUAGAGGCUGUAAAAAUAAUGGAACACGAGUUAAAGACUGUUCUGAUUGGACUUGUAAAAGCCAUUUUUGGAAAAGAAAUUAAAUAUCAGUGGGUCGAUCAAUACUUUCCAUUCACUCAUCCUUCCUGGGAGCUGGAAGUAUUUUACAAUGACAAGUGGGUGGAAGUUUUGGGCUGUGGCAUCAUGCGUCAAGAAAUCCUUCAGAAAUCUGGUGCCAGUGAUCGCAUCGGAUGGGCCUUUGGUCUUGGUCUCGAACGUUUGGCUAUGUGCUUAUAUAAUAUCCCUGACAUAAGAUUAUUUUGGAGUACAGAUUCCGGAUUCUUGAAACAAUUUGAAGUGAAUGAUCCAGAUACGCCAAUUAUUUACAAGCCUGUCAGCAUAUAUCCUCAGUGUUGCAACGAUAUGAGUUUCUGGAUUCCACAACACACAAACUUCACGCCAACGGAUUUUUAUGAUCUAGUUCGUGAAAUAGGUGGUGACACAGUGGAACAAAUCACGUUAAUAGAUCAAUUUGUCCAUCCAAAAACUAAGAAAGUCUCACAUUGUUACAGAAUCGUAUACCGACACAUGGAGCGUACAUUAACACAAAAGGAAGUAAACAAUAUCCAUGAAAAAAUUGCAGACAUUGCAACACAAAAUUUAAAUGUUGUUAUUAGAUAAUAUGCAUAAUAAAAAAAUGAUUUAUUAUACGUUUAUGCUA